CAACACUCUGUACUCCCACUCCAAACAAGCAAAGAUUAUUAAGUGAUACAAUAAUAAGACCAUUGCUAGUUAACUCCAACCAUGCUUCAACCUCAACUCCUAUUUCAAUAUCAAGUUCUCUUCAACUAUCUAUUAAUAUAUGUGUUACUGCAAAAAAUGCAACAGUACAAAAUGAUGCUAUUGCAAAAAUCCAAGAAGCGACACAACAAAUGUUAGAAUAUAAACAGUCUUGCCUACUUAUAUCAAACCAAGAUUUUAAAAAUGCAAAAUACUUCGUAGACACAUCAUCAUCAACUCAUAUAGCAGAUUUAUUAAUUCUUUUUUCUGAUCAACAAUUGGCUUCCACUCUACUAAAACAAGACAAAGUUAAACCAAUUCUGGUUCUCCUUGUUGAUGGAGAACCAGAUAAGAACCCUAGAUAUUUUAAAAAUAUAAUUGAAUAUUGUAACCUAUUUUGUGUUCUUGAAUUUGAUUACUUAACUUUUAUAGAAGAACAUAAAUGUUAUCAACAUCUAGUAAAAUGUGGCCAACCUCAAAAUUUUAAUAAAUUUCCAACACAAGCUUCCCGAGUUGCUGAAGAUGUGUCAGUAUUAAUUGAGUAUAGAGAAGAUUUAAUAGAACAAAUGUAUACACACACACGUGAAGUACAAUUUGAUAGUGAAUAG